GAUAUAGCAUAAAAUAAGCAUCACAAACGGCCGCAAUUGUCUGUUAAAAGGGUCAUAAAUUGGAGCUCUCGCAGUUAAAAUUUCCGCUAAUGAGAUAGGGGUCACGUGGUACUGUGUGACGUCAUAAGUGUCAAUUCUUGAAAAGCUCAUCGUAGUGUUUACAUAGAUCGAGAUAACUUUGACAGAAAUAAAGCAAAUCCCAAAAAUGGAUGACAGCAAUUAUGACUUGGAGGAUAUUCCGUUGGUAAUGGACAUACGACCUUACAUGUUCGAACCUCCAGCAGAGUGUGUAAAUCAAGAAAAUUCUCCGCAAAGUAGCGAAGAAAGCGAGUCUGACACCGAGGACAACCCAGGUCAUCGACGGAACGGAACGAUUUGGUGCGAGUGUGGAUCAUGCGAGGUGAUGCCCACUGAAGCAGAGUGCAUUUGUUGCUCAGAGAUACCAGUCAUUGACCACAUCAGAGACUCCUUCGGUAUAGAGUGCAUCACUCAGCACGAGACAUUUAUAGACAACUGCUUGAACAUUCGAGUUUUAGAGGUCAGCCUUUAUGACUAUAUCCAGUCUGAUGGGCCCAUUGAUGACAAUGAACCAAUUAAUGAAGUCUACAGAUAUGUUGCAUACAGGAGGUUUGUCUUAUGGGUUUGGCAGCGACUAGGCAAGGGGAAUCGAAAAAUCCUUCCAGCAUGUGUUGUUUCCAAGAUAAGGGACAUCUUCCCGUCGGAGCAGUAUACCGGUUUCAAGUAUCCACGCCCUAUUUAG